UUUAAUUUUUCAAGUUCUUAAGUUACUAUUAAGUUUAAAUUAAGCCACUUGUAAAUCAUGGCGACACUCACUAAUUUUGCGAAACUAUUUAAUUUAGCUACAAAUACUUGUAUCGAAAGGAUUCUUCCCAGUUCAACGUUCAAACAAUAUUACCCGGCACUGAAGUUAUGGGAAGUAAGAACAGCUGGUUAUCGUAGACAAUAUAAGUUACCUUGGUUUAAGCCACCACCAAGUUACCAAGAAGAAGUACCUGAACAUAAUGAAGAAAAAGAAAAAGAAUCUAUUGAUGUGAUUAAUGAAAUUAAUAAACAAAUAGCUACUAAAUCAACUGGUCGCUUAUUUGCAGUUAUUCAUUUAUGUGGAAUGCAAUUUAAAAUCACAGAAAGUGAUAUUAUAACUGUUGAAGGUCAUUGGCCACCUCAACCAGGAGACAAAUUAAAAUUAGAGAAAGUAUUAUUGGUUGGCAGUGAAGAUUUCACACUCAUUGGAAGACCUAUUUUAAACAGAGAAUUAGUAUCAAUUGAUGCAACUAUAAUACAAAAAACUUUGUCCCAUACAAUAGUUCAUUUCAGAAUGAAACCAAGAAAACAAUAUCGUAGAUUAAAGUUUUACAGAAUACCUAGAACAAUGUUAAGAAUAAACUCUAUAAUUAUAAAUGGAGAUAUUAACAAGAAAAAAGAAGUUGAGGGUCUAGACAGGAUAUAUUAAUAAAUAAAUAUAUGGUGUGAUGUGGAGAAAAGAGUGGGGAUCGUAAGCGAAUAAGUACUAGGGAAACAGUAUG